CCACGAAGUUAUCACAAAACACAACAAAACGCUUAUGCAAAAUGAUCUGCUGUGACCGUUGAAAAUAGUCUUUCAUUAUUUCUUGUAACCGCGUGCUCCGCGGUAACCUAGCAACGAAGGGACGUCUCAAUAGUAGGGGGAGCAUGAACAUUGCGAUAAAAACAAAAAUAACAUUACAAAAAAGUUUGUUGAAUUUAUAAACGUAUAUGUUUCUAUUAUUACCUUUGUCAACAAGAUUAGCACUCAAAUGUUUAAAACAACAGGGAUUUUGAGAAGACCUUUUACCACUAUUGGACUCGAUAACCCAAAUUCGAAAGUGAAUUGGUCCAGUGAAAAUCUCAGAUGGAAAACUUCAUUUUGUAUGAAGAAAUUGGAAGAGGAAGCAGGUCGGUGGUUUACAAGGGCAGGAGGAAAGGGAGCAUACAGUUUGUGGCAAUCAUCUGUAGCGAGAAAUCCAAGAGGCCUGAGCUGACAAACCAUGUACGACUUACGCAUGACAUGAAGCAUGAUAAUGUGGUCUCUUUCUAUGAGUGGUAUGAGACUAGUAAUCAUCUCUGGCUGGUGGUGGAGUUGUGCACAGGAGGAUCACUAGAGUCAGUUAUUUCCCAAGAUGAAUGCUUGUCUGAUGACGUUGUGCGAGAAUUUGCUAUGGACUUACUUAAAGGUCUCAAGUACAUCCAUGACUCUGGCAUAGUGUUCUCCGACUUCAGCCCUGCUAAGAUUUUACUGGAUGGUCCAGGUACCCUGAAGUACUCUAAUUUCUGUCUGGCCAAAGCACAAGGAGAGAACCUAGAGGAGUUUUUUGCUCUUGUGAUUUCAGAAGAGGGAGGAGACAACAAAGAGAGUGCUACACCUCGAAAAAAUUUGAAGAACCGAACCCAAGGCUCUCUGCUGUACUGUGCUCCAGAGGUGCUGAGAGGAGAGAGCACGAGCAUCUCUAGUGAUCUGUGGGGAUUGGGCUGCAUCCUCUGUGAGAUGUUUACAGGAAAGCCACCGUUCUUCUCAGACACAUUUAGUGAUUUGGUCGAGCUCAUUUUACAUGAAGAUCCUCCACCUCUGGUGCAAAAAGGUCCCAGCUGUCUACAGUGUAGUCCUGAGUUCCAGAGUCUCAUACUGGGUCUGCUGCAGAAAGAUCCUUUGAACAGGCUAAACUGGGAACAAUUGCUGAUGCACCCAUUUUGGAAGGGAGGAUUUUCAGUGGAUUUUUCCUCAAGGGGCGAUGUAGAUGAAAAUACCUCACUUAGCUGCAGUGUACAGUUGGAAUCAGGUCUUUCUGAAACAGCAGCCAAGGCCCAGACAGUGGCCACUGGUCACAGGAAUCCACACCUAAGCAAGUCCUUCACACUAGACAAUGUGACUGAAUUUAGACCCAAAUCUGUAUUGGACACAGAUGCCAGAGAAUCCAUUUUCCUUCUCAGUUCACGUCCAACUCCAAGAACUAGCAGCACUGCCAAAGAGAUUGAGAGCAGAGAAAUCAAGGCACAAGACAGCAGUGCAUUGGAAGAUUUGCAGAAUGAUGCAGGCACCUGCAUUAAAGAGCUCUUAUACACAGAAUCAGAUCUGACUGUGACUCCAAUUAUAGACAAUCCAAAGAUUCUGAAAACUGCUCCUGUCCGAUUUGACUCCAAAACACUGUGUAUAUCAGCAUAUUCAGUUGAACGUUUGGCAUGUCUGAGCUCAGGUGAAUGGUCUGCAUUCCUGCAGCAGGUGUGUGCUGUUCUGGAGUCAGUGGAAAGGGCUGGAUCUGGAGCUACAACAACACCACGUGCAAAACUCAACCUACUUUGCUAUCUGUGCUGCGUUAGUGGCCACAGAGACACAGCCACUCGCUUUAUCCAUUCCCAGCUGUUUCCGGUGUUGAUCCAGCAGCUGCGGCAGGCCCCUAACUGGGAUAUGAAGACCAAAGUGAUGAGAGUCAUUGGUCUGUUGGCCUGUCAUAGCACAGAGCUCAGAGAGGAUGUUCCUGUCAUAGAAGCAGUGGCCAUGUUUACUGAGCUUAUACGCGAGAACUUCAGGAACAGCAAGCUGAAGCAGUGCCUUCUGCCACCACUAGGAGAGCUCCUGUACCUCAUUGCUACUCAGGAGGAAAAGAAAGAGCACCCAGGAGGAUUGUGGGUCGUUCCUGCUGCCGCCUACACUGUGUUAAUGAGGUGCCUUCGGGAAGGGGAGGAACUGGUGGUGAACCACAUGGCAGCAAAAAUCAUUGAGAAUGUAUGUAGCAGACAGUCUCGGUGUGCUCAGGGCUUUAUCACAGCAGAAGUGGGACCUGCCCUCUGGUAUCUGUUCACUCACUCGACUCUGGACGCACUGCGGGUCAGUGCUAUGUCAGCUCUGUGUAGAAUAACCCGUCACUCAGCGGCAGCAUUCCAGAGUGUUAUUGACAAGGUUGGACUACCCAGCAUCCUCAGCUGCUUGGUGUCAGGAAUCAGCCGUGUGCAACAGCACAUGCUCACCAUGUUCGCCGCCAUGUUGGCAUCUGGAGCACACUUACACAGACUGAUACAGGACAGAGACUUUGUUGUGAAGAUAAUCCGUUCUCUGGAGAGUCCAUCUUCAGUCAUCCGAGCCAAGGGCUUCCUGGUGCUCCUGCAAGUUCUCAUGAAUAACCGGGAGAUGCUACUGCUGUGCUGCAACUCCAGGUUAGUGAUGUACAUUGAGAGAGACACCCGAAAGGCCACGCCAGGGAAGGAGCAACAAAGUGGCAAUGAAUACCUGUCAAAAUGCCUGGCCCUAUUCAUCCGUCACACAGUGCGAGAGCUGCCAGCUAUCCUGGAUGACAUCCUGACAGCAUUAGGGAGCAUUGUGGGAAGGAAGCACCCCUCCACUGCCCAAACUCGUCAACUCAAACAAAGCCUUCCCAUGACUGUUGUUGUGCUGAACCUACUUUCCUCACAGAUCUUCAGGCCACAGGUGGUGAAUGAGGAGUUUCUCAUCAAAUUUGGAGCGCUCCUGAAUCACGUAACAUCCAUUGACUCCAAUGAGACCAGUUUGGGAAGUUCUGUGGGGCCGACAGCAUCUGAGGAGCUGAUAAGAAAUACCCUGUCAGCAGUGGAGGCCAUUUCCCAGCACCCAGCCCUUCUAAGCCGUUACCACUGCACUGUUGUGGAUUCGAUCCUACCGCCGUUGGCGUCUUUGGCAUUUAGUAAGAAUGUGGAGUGGCGCAUUGUGAGUUUACGGGUGCUGUCAGAUAUUACUCUGCUGUUGCUGAGCCAGGAAGUGAUGGAGGAAGAGGAGAGAGAAAAAGAAACAUGGGAUCUAGAGGGCAAAUCCUCAAACGCACGCCUGUUAACUCUCAUUACUGAGGCUCUGCUGCCACAGUACGAGUCUUUGCUUCUGGAGCCGGACCCAAUACCUGUCUAUGCUCUCAAACUGCUGGGCUCCCUGACUGAGCACAGCAAGCCCAUCAACAGGCUCGUCAGAGAGAGUCGUCUACUGCCUGCCAUCUUUGAAGUCAUAGCGGAGCAUCAGAAUAACAUCCUUGGUGGCACCAUGCAGAAUGCUAUAGCCAUCCUCGCUAAUCUGAUUGGAUUGAAGGACACAGACUUUCAACUUUUCUACCAGCAAGGUAUAAUGGAGCUGGUGUGUGGUGUGUUCACGGAGGCCGCAGCAUUAUAUGUGGAGAAAGAAGAGAGAUGUGGAGUGAAGAGCUGUUAUGCUCUACUGCUGUCCCUGCUGGACAUCAUCCACUGCCUGCUCAAACACCUCUCCGCCGUGGUCCGACUGGCUCUACAGUCUGACAGUGAUGGAGACUCUGAAGCAGCAGAAGAGCUCCUGCUCAUCAACAAGCCACUCACUGAUCUCAGCAGCCUUCUCAUUCAGAUGCUGCCAUGUGGUGAUGCAGAGGUGUAUGAGGAGGCCAGUCAGUGUGUAUCACUACUAGCUCAGCUGUACGGCGUGGAUGCGGCUGAUCAUCUGACCCCUGAAGACCUGCUCAGCCUCGCACACUCACUUCAACUACACACCGAACCCAGACAGCAGAGACUGCUGCUCCGCGUCCUCAAACGUCUGAUGGGUGCAGUAGACAGCGCAGGCUGGGGAACAGAAGGAGGUCAGAGCCUGGUGCAUGUGCUCCGAAAACUGGCCCGUGGUAACAGGUCUCAUCCGGACACUGCAGUCGGGUCACUAGCUGCUGAGAUUUUGAAAGGAGUCACAUACCAAAAUGGGACAGAAACCAAGAGCACUAGUGAAGCUUCACUCCCAAUGCACUUAAUGUAACUUAUUUUGUAUGUCUUUUUUAGUGCUGUAAACAUUUCAUUGUAAUGUGUACCGUUCAUUGUGUAAAUAAAUUAUAAAGCACUUGCUUUUCCAAAUGCUUAGCAUAUUA